UUAUUUAGAAUUAGCUUCUAGUUUAUGAGUACACUUCUAUAUCAGUCGUUCUUGUUUUUUGUUCGCUUUAAAUUUGGUGUAUCAGUCAGUGAUUUAGAUAUUUUGUCUUUUUUAUAUCUUGACUGUUGAUGCAAAGCAUAAUAAAUAAAUAAAAACAAAGAAAAUGGCAAACCAAGAAGGGACUCAAGUUUUAUCACUUCCACUGCCCCCAACACAAUAUAUAAAUUUAUUUUCCGAAGAAAGUGUUCGUAGAAAUAGGGUUCCGAGGCAUCCACCAAGCAUAAACGACACAUAUUUUAUGUUUGGUGCCCAGUACAGCAACGAGGAAAUGAUAAGAUCACUUGAAAGUCAAGGCAUCAAAAGACUUAUACCGCAACAUUUCGACCGUAGAAAAGAAUUGAAAAAACUAAACCAUUCCCUUUUUGUAAACUUUUUGGAUUUAGUGGAUUUGCUUAUACAGUUUCCUGACAGUCCUAGAAGAACAGAAAAGAUCGAUGACCUCAGCUUACUAUUUGUUCACAUGCAUCAUCUACUGAAUGAAUUCCGACCACAUCAGGCCAGAGAAACUCUGCGUGUAAUGAUGGAAAUGCAAAAGAGGCAACGCAUAGAAACUUGUACAAGAUUUCAAAAACAUUUAGAAAAAGUACGAGAUCUUGUGCAAAAUGCUUUUGUUAACCUUCCUGAUCUUGAGCACGAACAACACUCGCUGUCAGACUUCAAUAAAAUGGAAGACGAUUGCCAAAAAAAUGUAAUAAGUGCAAAUAUUGACCAAUGUCAUCCAUGCGACAAAAUAAUGUGUAAUAUUAUCGAUAAUUUAAUCUGAACUAUUGACUGAAUAAUAUUUCGAUUAAGCUUUAAUAACGUUUAGAUGAAAAUGUGGUUGUUAAUGAUUGUGCUACAAUGGUAAAGGUUUGCUGCAAUGGCCCACUUUAAUAUAAUAAACAUAACAAUAACGCAUUGAAAAGAAUGGAUUUUUAUUAGGCCAUAUACAAUCAUCAUUUAUGGGUCAUUAAUGCCGUAAACUGAAGCUUCUAAUGUCCGUUUAAAUUAAUUCUCUAUUUUAUGAUGCUUAUUUUCCUUGUUAUUAAAUUAUUUCGAAACUCAAAAAAAAAAAUACAAAUACAAAUCUUUAAUUUAUGAAAACAA